CAGCUUGGAGUCUCCCCCUCCUGUGAUUGGCUGCCGCCUGUUGCCUGCUGGUUAAAAAGCGCAGCAGAGAGGAGGGCAGGGAGAUAAAGAAGCAGCAUCACCGGGCUGAUUGCGUCUGGGACUCUUUUUUGUUUUGGAGGGAGAGGAAAAGCAAAAUAGUCAACACCAUGACAGGGAAGGAGGGAGUUGUUCUCUCUGACACUGAGAAUAAACAGAAACCAGCAUCACACACCAGCGUGAACCACGGGCUUUCCCAUCAUCCGCAUCCAGGCUGGAAGAUGGCUCCCACGGUGCACAGGCGCACGGGCUUCGGGAUCCAGGAGCUGCUCGGCCUCACCAAGGAUCCUCCGGCGGCGCCCCGGAGGCCGCUGGAGGCUCUGCCGCACACUACGCACGUCCUGGCCGCCAGGUCGGCCCUCGGACACGGGGGUCUCGGGGGUUUCGGGGUUGGCAUGGGUUUGCUCGGACCAGAGGGAAUACACUCGUUUUACAGCCAACCUGCUUUCCUGGAGGUGCUGGCAGAGGCGCAGCACGUGCACCUGCAGCCGCUGCACCGCGCGCCGCGCAUGGACACACAGAUGGACGCGCAGCACUCCGCCAGCUCGGAUUCCGAUGACAUGAGUCUCUCCUCCGGUGAUCAGAAGUUCUCCAAAUCAUCCAUGAGUCAGAGCAAGAAACGGAAGAAAAGACGACACAGAACCAUUUUCACCUCCUAUCAGCUGGAGGAGCUGGAGAAAGCUUUUAAUGAAGCCCACUAUCCAGAUGUGUACGCCCGAGAAAUGCUCUCCAUGAAGACCGAGCUACCAGAGGACAGAAUACAGGUGUGGUUUCAGAACCGCAGGGCCAAGUGGAGGAAAAGGGAGAAGUGUUGGGGUCGCAGCAGCGUGAUGGCGGAGUACGGCCUGUACGGAGCCAUGGUGCGUCACUCCAUCCCCCUCCCCGAGUCCAUCCUCAAGUCCGCCAAGGAGGGCGUCACAGACUCCUACGCCCCGUGGUUAUUAGGAAUGCACAAGAAGUCAGUUGAUAUCCCACACACCUCUCCUGGAAAUCCCUGCAGCCUGACACCACCCCCACCAACUCAGGAGAAACCAAUGGACAAAGUGAUGGAGGAAGAGGCGGAGAAAAGGAUGAAAGACACAACUAACACACCUAUUUCUAAAGAGUUACUGAGGGAGAACAGUAUCGCUGCGCUGCGAGCGAAGGCGCAGGAGCACAGCGCCAAGGUGCUCGGGACAGUUUCAGAAAGAAAAAAUGUCACGCACAAAGAACAAGCUGAGGACAAUGUGACGAAGCAGGAGACGGCAGAGGUGGAGAAGUGUGACUGA